AUGUUAUUUCGAAUAUUUGGGGCCACACUCAUCGCCAUCCUUGUCGUACUGGUUGGCGCUCGCUAUGAAGAUCGCUAUGACCGUGCCCUGAUGCCGUGGGACCUUCGGCCAGUCCAAAAUCUGAUUGGCCUCUGGAAAUUGACGCACAAGACGGGAAGAGCCCUCCAGCUCCCCGCUCCUGAUCAAAUCGAUUACGCCAUCAAUCCGAUCCCAAAGUUUGGAGCCCGAGCGAUUAACAUCACGCAUACCUAUUUUGAUGGGGCUGGCGCGGUACUUCGUCACGAUUAUGGUUAUAUGCCAGUAAAGAAUGCGACACGUCGUGAUCCUCGUAUUCAUUUGGCUUAUCUGACCACAAGCUCGGAAGGUUGGUCUAUGAUGGAACAAGGUCAAGUUUCCGGUCAAGUCAUGACAUUCCACCUUAAACAAUUCCUCUCCCGCAGCUUCAGCGUUGGAGGAGAACCCAAUAAUCGCAAUCUUGAGAUCAGAGAGUUUGAACGCCAAAUCGAACAGACGGAUUACAACAAUUUCAUCAUGAAGAUCCGGGCUGAGACGGCUAUCGGCACAGAGACCUACACGGCAUUUUAUCAGCGUGUCAUGGGA